AUGCGAUCAGUAACGGGUUCGGUUACAGGAUCAGUUACUGGAUCAGUUACGGGAUCGGUGACGGGAUCGGUGACGGGAUCAGUUACUGGAUCAGUUACGGGAUCAGUUACGGGUUCAGUAACGGGUUCAGUUACGGGAUCAGUUACGGGAUCGGUGACUGGAUCAGUUACGGGAUCAGUUACGGGAUCAGUUACAGGAUCGGUGACGGGAUCAGUUACGGGAUCGGUGACGGGAUGAGUUACUGGAUCGGUGACGGGAUCAGUUACAGGAUCAGUUACGGGAUCAGUUACGGGAUCAGUGACGGGAUCAGUUACCGGAUCGGUGACGGGAUCAGUUACGGGAUCGGUGACGGGAUCAGUUACUGGAUCGGUGACUGGAUCAGUUACUGGAUCAGUUACGGGAUCAGUAACGGGA